CCCGAGACACUCGCAGCGGAAGCGCCGGCGGCGCCGCACGCGUCCGGCUGCUGGGGCCGGGACAGCGCUCCGUCGGGAUCCCGAGCUCGGCACACCGGACCGACCCCGGGCCACCCGGGGGCCCCGGCGACUCUGAGCUUGAGCGGCGGCAGGACCCCCGCGCACGCGGGAGCAAGAUGCGAGCCACCCCUCUGGCUGCUCCUGCAGCUGCCCCCUCCAGGAAGAAGCGGUUGGAGUUGGACGACAACCUAGACACUGAGGCUCCCACCCGGAAACAAGCUCGAAGUGGGCCCCCGCCCAGGCUGCCCCCCUGCCCACUGCCCCUGAGCCCACCCCCUGCUCCACUCCGUGCCCCUGCUGUGACCACCGCCUCCCGGCUUGGGCCCUAUGUCCUCCUGGAGCCUGAGGAGGGCGGCCAGGCCUACCGGGCCCUGCACCGCCCCACAGGAGCCGAGUACACCUGCAAGGUGUACCCGGUCUGCGACGCCCUGACGGUGCUGGAGCCCUACUCGCAGCUGCCCCCCCACGCGCACGUGGCCCGGCCCGCCGAGGUCCUGGCGGGCACGCGCCACCUCUACGCCUUUUUCCCGCGGCCGCACGGGGACAUGCACAGCCUGGUGCGCCGCCGCCGCCGCCUCCCGGAGCCCGAGGCCGCCGCGCUCUUCCGCCAGAUGGCGGCCGCCCUGGCGCACUGUCACCAGCACGGGCUAGUCGUGCGAGACCUCAAGCUGCGUCGCUUCGUCUUCACCGACUGUGAGAGGACGAAGCUGGUGCUGGAGAACCUGGAGGACGCCUGCGUGCUGACCGGGCCGGAUGACUCCCUGUGGGACAAGCACGCGUGCCCGGCCUACGUGGGCCCCGAGAUCCUCAGCUCACGGGCAUCCUACUCAGGCAAGGCGGCGGAUGUCUGGAGCCUGGGCGUGGCGCUCUUCACCAUGCUGGCGGGCCGCUACCCCUUCCAGGACUCAGAGCCCGCCCUGCUCUUUGGCAAGAUCCGCCGUGGGGCCUUCGCCCUGCCUGAGGGCCUCUCGGCCCCUGCCCGCUGCCUGGUCCGCUGCCUCCUUCGACGGGAGCCCGCUGAGCGGCUCACAGCCACGGGCAUCCUGCUGCACCCCUGGCUGCGGGAGAACCCGGUCCCCUCAGUCCCAUCCCGAUCCCACCUGUGGAAGGCUGACCAGGUGGUCCCCAAUGGACCAGGGCUGGAGGAGGCCGAGGAAGAGGAGGGAGAGAGAGAAGUGGGUCUAUAUGGCUAGGGCUAUGCCACCAGACACUGAGCUGCAAACAGUGGGUUGAGUUUGGGUGUCUCCAAGCUCUCUCCUGCCUCUUUGAACUGAGCCAGACCUUAAGUGCCUUCUAGGGGGAGGGAGAAAGGAGGAGGCCUGUGUGGAGUGUGCUGUAUGCACCCCUGUGUGGUUCCGCACACCUGUGCACACGGGCUUGUGCAUUCAACAAGUCCUUCUUGGGGGCUCACUGAGGGCCAGGCCCUGCUCUAGGUGCUGGGAAUGUAGCUGUGAAUAAACGAGACAAAACUCCUGCUCACGGAGCUGACAACACUUUUCCACGCCCACAGGUCAGUUUCCACGCUGGGCACACUUAGUGCAGGUUCGAUAUCCACUCGUGCUGGCCCCCAGGCACCUCUGUCAUGGGACAGUCCGCUUCACAAACAACCCAGCUGCCUUUGUAUCUUGCACCUUUCAGAGAAAGGGAAGCAUCUCUGUGCCAAAGGCUCCAGGCCUCUCCCCAGCAACAUAGGACUCCAGAGCCCAGGCCAUGCUGGGAAUUGUGCUCCCAGCAGCUCUGUCCUCUUGGUCAAGGGAUUCUCUGUCCAGGCCUUAGCCAAGGAUUGGGGCUGGAAGAUCGAGUGGAAACUAUGACGCUGGUCCUCAUCUAACUCUAGGAAUGGUUUGGAAUGAGGGGCCUGUCCACCUCAGUGGCCCCUGACCUGAGCACCAGUUGGGCAACAGGAUCAGGCAGAGUCUGCCCGCUGGCCUCCUGGAAAGUCCCAAGCCCUGUUCUGGGGAUACUUGGGGUCCAGGACCCCACAUUGUUAGUAUGGGUUUUUGAUGCCACGAGUAUAUAUUUCUAUCUUGUGCCUAAUAAAGGAGUUAUGAAAUACUUUUAUUUCUCUUGGACAUUUCUUCUCUCCUCUCCUCCCUAUCUCUUAUCAGUUUUCCCUGCCUCCAAAACCAGCCCCGUGGGGAAAGGCCAGAGGCCUUGUAUCUCGACCUCAG